AUGUCCAAGGUCGUGCGCAGCGUCAAGAACGUCACAAAGGGAUACUCUUCUGUGCAGGUCAAGGUUCGGAAUGCCACAAGUAAUGAUCCAUGGGGCCCAACGGGUACCGACAUGUCCGAAAUUGCGGCCAUGACUUUCGGGAGCCCGAACGAGUUCUACGAGAUCAUGGAUAUGCUCGACAAGCGUCUUAACGACAAAGGAAAGAACUGGCGCCACGUGCUCAAGUCGUUGAAAGUCCUGGACUAUUGUCUCCACGAGGGCUCGGAGUUAGUGGUUACGUGGGCUCGGAAGAACGUCUAUAUUAUUAAGACGCUUCGCGAGUUCCAGUACGUUGAUGAAGAAAGCCGGGAUGUGGGUCAGAAUGUUCGUGUGGCCGCAAAGGAGCUUACUGCGCUCGUUCUGGACGAGGAUCGCCUGCGCAGUGAACGAUCCGAUCGCAAGCUUUGGAAGACUCGUGUCAGCGGACUUGAUGAGGGACAGGGCUUUGGCAAUGAGCCUCCGCGCCGGGAGCGACGAAGACGCCAGGGUUCCGAUGAAGAUGAUACCGAAUACCGCCUAGCCAUCGAAGCUAGCAAGGCCGAAGCCGAGGAAGAGCGCCGACGACGCGCCAAGGAAUCGUCGAACCAGGGAGAGGACGAGGACCUUGCAAAAGCCAUCAAGCUCAGCCAGGAAGAGGAGGAGCUGCGGAGGCGGGAGUUGGAGCAAAGCAAUGCGCACGCACUCUUCGACGACACUACCCCGGCCCAGGUUCAGCCCACUGGCUACAACCAAGGUUAUCAGCAACAGAGCGCGGUGGACUGGUUCGGUAACCCGAUCAAUGCCCAGCAGCAACAGCCCAUGACGACCGGUUACCUGAACAACCAAUAUGCGCAACCCACUGGAUUCCAGAACCAGCCUACUGGCUUGAACCCAUAUAACACCAAUGGCUACCAGCAACCCUCUGCUUUUGAUCAGAACCCCUACGGACAGCCCCAAGCCCUUCAAUCUCAGCACACUGCCUUCCACACCAACAACCCAUACGGAACCAACCAGGACCCGAUGGCGCAGAUGCAACACAUGAACUACCAGCAGCAACAACAGCCACAGCAGCAGUCACAGGAGAAUUAUCUCUCCGCUGGAAGCAACAAUCCAUGGUCUGGGAACCAACCUGCUGAUGCACUGAAGCCUACCCCAACGGGCUCGAACAACCCAUUCGCUGCGCGCACUCAACCUCAGUAUAACAGCCAGCCGCAUUCUACAGGACCGCCAUCUCUCAACACUCUUGCAGAGGAUCGUGCAACGAACCAGUUCAACAACCCAAUUACCCAAUUCUCUCGAACCAACCAGCCUGCCCAGCCUAACCCGAUCGCCAACUUUCAAAUUCCCCAGCCGCCUAAGAGCACUCCUCCGUCCUCAGACCCUCACCACGCCCGCCUAAACGCACUCCUUGCAAGCGGCGAGGGCCAGGAUACCUUUGGCAACGUUGGAGAUCUCCGUAUUCCAGCGCAGCACACUGCACCUGGCACAUUCGUCAACUCUGCCGGCCAGGGCUUAGACCGUCUGCAUGCUACGCAGACGGGCAACAAUCCUUUCUUCGGCCAGCAGUACACCGGUGUGCCCCAACAGACCGGCUUCGUGCAGCAACAGCAGCCUAAUAGCAACCCCUGGGGAGCCCAACAACAGCCCCAGCACGGCGGCGGCAGCCUGAUCGACCUGUGA